CCCAACCUGGCGCCCGCUGCAAAAAAGAGUGGAAGCGGAGCUGGGUGGGGGGAGCUUGGAUUGGCUGUCCCCAUCUCCCCACGCUUGGGAGACCCUCCGACCGGGACUCGGAGCCCUCUGCCCAUGCUCAGAGGAAGAGACCUUCCCCCAAAGGGAUUCCCCCGCGUCUCCUGCGCGCAAUCCCCGCCCCGAGCGCAAAGCGAAAGAGAAAGAGAAAAAAGUUUUCAAUGACGGACGGUGCCAUGCUGCGGUGCGCUGCGCUCCUCCGAGGUCCCGCGAUCCCCGGGUUGGAGAAGGGUCCGGGGUCCCCUUUGGGCGCAACCGGGUCUCCGCUGUCCGGAUUGCGGCGGCUGCUGCUCCUCCUCCUCCUCCUGCUGGGAUUGUCCUUGGAUCGGGUUUCUGCUGCUGCUGCUGCUGCUUCUCCCGCUGCCGUCUUCCCGGAUCUGGGUCCCGGUAAAUGUGGCGCCCCCUGGCCGGUGGCGAACGCCCGCAUCGCCUACGAGAACAGCAAGAAGCUGCGAUACACCUGCGUGAAGAACUUCAAAAGGAAGGCUGGCACCUCCAGCCUCAUCUUUUGCGAGCAAGACCCAACCACCCACGAGUAUAGAUGGAGCCGGCCACCGCUGGUUUGCAUUGAUAUGGAGAACGCAGCUGACGGCCCCAGGCGAGCAGAAACUACCCGGCCUACACAGACCACAAUGAGUACAAAUCCAGCAAGCCUCUCUACGCGUCUGUACGGAAGUCAGACCAACUCACCAAUAGUAGUGGAAACGUCACGUUUUACCGACACUCCGCGUAGGACAGCCAAGCCAACACCCGAUAGCCUUGGGUCAACAGUGACAGCUACCCCAGAGGGUGGACGGUUGACUCCGGGCACGAUUUCCAAAAGCGUAACCCCCUCCCCGAGAACGACGCCAUUUUCCCCAGACGAAAGUAGCAAGACGCAGUGGACGCCACGCCAGAUUACGUCUGCGCCCUCCGAGGGACCCCCUGGAAAUGUCACAGAGCCAUCCGAUACGAGCGUUUUGCAGAAAAUUACAGGUUCUGUUUACUUCAGAGCUGGAAUCCCCUUUUUAGCGGUAAUCCUAUCAGCAGGAUUCAUGUACUACUGCUAUUGUAGAAGAUCACGUCAUCCUUGGAGGCAGCCCAGGGUCCCUUCUGUGGAAGAGAUCCCAAUGGAUCCCAUGGGAUCCAAAGAAGGAACACCAGCAUUGGCCGGCGAUUCUCCAGAUCCAGGACCCGUUAACGAAGAAGACCCCAUGCUAACAGGAUUACCUCCGCCGGUUGAGUGAUCCUGCUGGGCAGACCAUCAAAGCAUCUACUAGCUCUGGAAAAGAGGUCCUAAGCAGGUCCAGAGUUGGACGUGAUGUCUGUCCAUCUCCUCCUGUUGUAAAGCCUUAGGAAGGAAGCCAUAAAUCCCUUUGGGGAGGCCCUUCACUUCUCCCCAACUUGCGGCAAGGAGAACGCAACAGGUGUGGAUAUCUGUGUGAGAAAAAGCUGAGCAUUCAAAGGGAGAAGAGAAGAACGUGUGAGCGGGAGUUGGAACAGAUGAAGAAGCAAUACCCCGGUGAGAUCAACAUCUCCAGGCAGAUACAUGGAGGAGAGAUGGUGAUGAAGAAGAAGGGAUUGUGGGUAGCGGAAGCUUCAGCUGCAGUCAGUGGAAGAGACGUAAGGGGAGUGGCCAGGCUUUUGGUCCAGAACAUUCUCUUGCCCUUGUGCCUUUCGGCGUCCAAGUCACCAUCUUUUGGUUCCCAAGAACCCCAGAGUUUCAAUCAUCUCGAAAUGGAUUUUUCUGGAGUUCUAAGACCCCUGCCAGAUAUGUGCUGGCAAGCAGGCAAGCUGACUUUCUAACUAAGUGGGAGACUUAAAAAUGUCGAAGAGUCAAAUAUUUGGAGGAGGAGAACCCAGGAACCUCUUAAAACCCACAGAGAGAAGAUUGGAUCCAUGGAAACCUUUUUUUAAAACCUGUCAAUCAAGGAGAAAUAAAUUAAAGUUAAACGAUCCAUACCGCCAGGAAGCUGAUUCUGCAAAGCAUUUGAAGGCAGAGGUGAGAGGCAACGGAUGGAAACUCAUCAAGGAGAGAAACAACCUGGAACUAAGGAGAAAUUUCCUGAACAAUUAACCAGUGGAACAGCUUGCCACCAGAAAUUGUGGCUGCUCCAUCCCUGGAAGUUUUUAAGAAGAGAUUGGACAGCCAUUUGUCUGUCACGGUGUAGGGUCUCCUGCUUGAGCAGGGGGUUGGACUAGAAGACCUCCAAAGGUCCCUUUCAAUCCUGUGAUUCUAUGUUCUCUAUUCAACACAACGUCUGUGCCUCCACCAAGCUGGAGGUCUACAGAGCUGUGGUUAGCCCGUCUUCCCAUAGAUGUGAGUCCUGAACUCUGUACUGAAGACAUACAAAACCACUAUUUUCCAAAAGGCAGAAUGGAAAUUAAUCAAGGAGAGAAGAAACUUAGAAAUAAGGAGAAAUUUCCUGUCAGUGAAAACUUUUCAUCAGUGGAACGACUUGCCUCCAGAAGUUGUGGGUGCUCCAUCUCUGGAGGUUUUUAAGAAGAGAUCGGACAACCAUUUGUGUUGUGCCUCAUCCUCCUCAGCCGGGCCGCUCCCGUCUCCUCCCGGGCCUGUUAUCAGACUCCGAGUCUGAUAAUGAAGAUGAAUGGCCUGUCGCCCGGAGAGGAGUCAAGGAGUGAAAACAGAAAUCCAAUACAGUUCACUCAUAGAGUGUGUGUUCCUUCCACGCAGCUGUCAGAGCAGGAAGUCAGCCAAGUGGUGCAAUUACCCGGACCUGCUCCCUCUGACCCCUCCCUUUCCCAGACGCUGACAGCAGAUCCAGCUGAAAACAAUUCAGAGUGGGUGGACCCUCGCUUCCGGAGAUCUGAGAGGCGACGCCAGCAGAAGGAAGGGAGGGGCAGGCCUGGAUAAAUGCUGAGUCAUGGAGCCACACCCCACAGCCCAUAUAAAGGACCUGCUUUUGGCAUUCCAACCUUGAGUCAAGCAAAGUCUCAUCUAGUUUGCUGAACUCACCACUUGGACUCCUGCCUGCCCUGAGAAACCUGGAAGGAAUUUGGCAAAGCUGCAGAGGCUUCGUUGCCACGCUUGAUACGGACUUCCUAGACCUGGUCGUCAGAGGGGGAGGGGGACACGACAAUUUGUCUGAAAUACUAUCGGUCGAAAAAUGGGGCAAAGCUCACUUAAAGACUGUCACGCUUAACAACAGAUAUGUUGGGCUCAAUUGCGGUCGUAAGUCGAGGACGCCCUGUAGGAGGAAAAGUGGAUUUAAAGCGGGAGCCGAAUGUCCAGAGAGGGUGUAAAAACUGUAGACAGACGGAAAAAAGCUGGAAGGAGGGAUUGAAAUCUGACAUUGUGAAAAAGUAUGUUUGAAAUUGUACGCAACUGUUUAUAGUACGUGGAAGCCAGGGCAUGUAUUAAAUCUGUAAACAGAGAGGGGGGAAAAGCUCCCAUGUCUGGGUUUAUUUUAUUUUAUUUUUGGCCCCUCUCCCACAUCAUCGUAAAGGGAAAAUUCAAUUUAUUUUGGAGAAGCAUCAAAAUGGCUUUCUAAUAAAGUAAGUUCCCGUCUGUUCACAACCUCAUACACACCGGGACCAUUGAAAAGAAGUUAUUUGGAAAGUGACCCAUGCAGUUUUAAAGGGGGG